UUUGAUUUAAUAAAAGUACUAAUUGAUCCAGUUCGCGUUUUUGCUGAUUAAUAAACAAUUGCAAGAUUAGAAUAUAAACAUCGAACGUAGCUAACUCAACAAACACAAUUUCUUUCGAUUUUGUUUAGCCUCAAGCUUGGUGUGUAAAAUUUGUAUGUUUUGCCUGUAGGCCGGUCUUUAAAGUUGAAACUGCCUGAGUGUGCCGAAAGGGUCCCCGAGUUUUUAUGAAGAGCCUGGGGGCCCUAGAACCAGGUUCAAGUUCAAUACUCAGCAGUAACGCCUGGAAGGCUUGGUGAGAUCCUGCCUGGAGCCUGACAGUGCUUGGUAUUUCUACUAGUACCGGUCUGCCUAAACCUCAGCAUUGCUCUCUAGUCUAUAUCAUUAGUGAGCAUCAAACCAGCAUAUUGAAGUAAACCUGUUAGUUUUGUUAAAAAUGUUUUGAGAAAAGAUUAGGUUUGAGAAAUCAAGGUUCGCCCAAGAUGACUCGUGCUUGCUGCUGCUCGCUGUGCUCAGGCCGUAGUGGUCUGUUCAUGACGGGAUCAAUAUCCCUCGUCGGUUGUAUGUGUGUACUGCUACCAUGUGUUUAUUGUAUGGUUCGGGAGGAAGGAUGGAAUAUGCUCCGAGAUUGGUUAAACUCCUGGUUGGUCCGAAACCACUGGGACGUGGAGGUGACACAGUCUGUAUGGAGAGGGUUGGAUUGGAUUGAUGAACACUACAGGAUCCUAUUAGCAGGAUUGGUAUCCGCUGCUGCCUUACAUCUACUCUCUACACUUCUCCUUCUACUGGGAUCUAUGCUUUAUAAGCGGUGUCUCCUUGUUCCCUGGCUGAUAACAGACCUCAUAAUAAUUUUAUCCAUGGGCCUUGUUUUUACAUCAUGGACAUUUCUUUCAUUUUUUGUCGAUCUUCUGAUCGCUAUCGUCUUUCCCGUUAUCGCCGGACUAGUCAUGGGCUUUUGGAUUUUACUAUGGAGAAAUACUCAGUUUAUGUACAGUCGGAAUCUAAUACCGGAGAAGCUUGCCCGGAGAACAACCUUAGAACCCAUCAUUAAAGGAGAAUACCAAAGCGUUCCAAAUGAUUUAACUCCAAAAAUGCAAGCUCACAAACAAACGCACAAACAAACCAGAAGAUUAAAUAAUCAAACAUUGAAGCAUAUUUCGUAAUAAAAGUAUAAAGAUUUUGA